AUGUCGGCCGACGAUAUCGACGAUGAGCUCUUUGCUCUUGCUGGCGGUGAUGAAGACGCAGACGUUGAAGAAGGCGAGGCCUCCUCUCCCGCCGCUUCAUCGCCAAACUCGCUGGGAUCCGAUGCCAUGGACGAGUCCGACUCAGAUCGCGAUGAUGACGUACCAGAGCGCACCGCAGAUGUCCCCUAUCCCCUAGAGGGCAAGUACAUUGACGAGUCGGACAAGCGACGCAUCUUGGGCUUGUCGCAACUGGAGCGAGAAGAGAUUCUGGGCCAGCGCGCCGAGGAGAUGAGCAGUGCCAACUUCAAGGCUGAGCUCGCAAGGCGUGCGGCGAAUGUGCAAAACGACAGGAAGCGCAAGGCCGAUUCGGACGAACCCGACGAUGCGACGCGUAAGAGCAGUCGACCCAAGGUGCAGCCCCGGAAGAACGAGAAGCUAGAGGCGUACAAGCGCGAGCGAGAGCAGCGUGGUCAACAGCGGCAACAGAACGACGACCGACGUGGUCGCAGGCGGUCGAGUUCGGGAGAUCGUCGUGGUGGCUCGGAUAUCGAUGCUGAUGGUGAGAGCGACGUCGAGUGGGACGACAGAGCACCUGAGAAGGCUCGUGAAGAGCAGCCGGCAACACUUCGUGACUUUGAGUCUGUCCGCGUUGGUCGAGGCUUCUUUUCUGAGGUUUGCUUCCACCCAGGCUUUGAGGACGCUUUGACUGGCGCCUUUGGACGUGUCGGUGUGGGCCAAGAUCAACAGCGGCGAACUCUCUACAAGAUGGCGCAAAUCAAGGGCUUCUCAUCAGGCAAGCCUUAUGUCUUCGAAGGCAAGGACGGCAAGCGUGUUGCAACCGAUCAAUAUGUCGUUGUACAGCACGGUUCAGUCAAGAAGGACUACCAGUUCCAAUUCAUGUCGAACCAGCGGUUUACCGAGAGCGACCUCGACACUUACCGCCAAUCCCUCACAGAGACCAAUGCAAAGGUCCCCACACAGUCCUUCCUCAAGCGCAAAUACGACGACCUCAAGGCCCUUCAAAACCACUAUUGGACCGACGCGGACAUCAGCUCCCGCAUCGCAAAGUCCAAGAAAUACGCCCACCUCCUGCACCGCCCCGACUCAGACACGCGCCCCAAAAUUGCAACCCAAUCAGAAACAGCCGCCGCCCGCGUCGCGGAACUCAACCGCAAAAACCGCAUCCUCGAAGCCGAGCGUGUCCGCAAAGCCCAGCUCGAACAACAGCGUGAGCGCAAACUCGAUCAGAAGAAGAGGGCCGCCCAGCAAAAAGCAGAAGAAGAGGCCCGGAAAGCGAAGGAGGAAGCAGACAAGAAGAAACAGACCCUCGAUGUUGAUGCUCUCUUUGACGGUGAUGCUAGCUCAAGGGGUACCACUCCUAACCCCGGUCAACCGCAAGCUGUGAAGAAGAAGACGGAGCGGAAGGGUUUGCCGACGUUUAGGAAACCGAAGAUGGAUGAUGAUAUCAUCGCUAGUAUGGAUAUCGGCAUGGAUAUUGAGAUUUGA